AUGGCCUUGCCGGGGAUGAGAGGUGGUGGGGGUGGUGACUCAAAGGGGAAGCGAGGUGCCUCACUCACUUUGCAUUGUGAGGCGAUGAGGUCCGUGUUUGAUAUUGCCAGGAGCCACAUCACACUUCCCGUAACGAGGGACGUGAACGCGCUUCGGCAGGUGCUUCGCGACUGGCACCACUACACUGAGAAGUUACAGCUGCAGGAGAAGACGACGCACCCCGCGGCGUUGUGUGUGACAGUGCACCCAUCACGCAAAACCACGGCGUCCCCACUGCGGAGUUUUGCCCCGCAGUCUUCACAGGGGCACACCGUGGCAGACACGUACACCCGACGUGUUCCUCUGCGACUUUGGACCGCAGUUCUCCCUUGGGAGGUGCAGCGUGGGCUCUCCAUGAGUGAAUUGCGGCUGUCAAGCACGCCCGAGCGUCAGCAGGAUGUUAGCAAGGGCGAUGAGAAUAGUCAGCACGCGCAGGAAAUGGCGGCGGCAGCAGCAGCAGAGGUGGAAGGAGAGGAAGAGGACCCCUUUGGCGUGGUCACUGCGGCAUCACCAGGCAGGAGUGGCGCAGUGCAGUCUCCCCGGCGUAACGUCAUGGCUUGUAAUGUCACCUCUCCCGCAACCAGUGUCUCGCCUGGGAUGCUUUUCGUCUUGGACGCUGAGUCGGCUGCGCAGGGCGUUAGUUUCUGGAGCGGCGCCAUCCUGCAGUCUGUUGACGUGGCGUUUAUAUCCCCAGUGGAGCCCGUAGUGACAAACUCGUCGUCGUUUCAAGAGCUGAGGCAACGUCAACUGGCGGCCGCGGAGGGUGGUGGAAGGAGAAGCAUGGACGAGAAGCGGGCGGUGCACAACCUUGCCCGUUUCUUCCCAGAGGGCGAGUUGGACUCGCCGACGGUCACCUUUGCCGUGCAGUCCUACUCGCACCUGGACCCAUUCCCGCGGUGCGACAGGGCGGGCGGGGCAAAGGGGCAGCGGCGACAGCAUAUGGCGGAGCCGGCAGCAGUGGGGCGAAAUAAUGGGGAUGCCGGUGGGUACAAUAAUCCUCCCCGCUACGUGCUGGAAACUUUGCGGCAUUUACUCCGCGACAGUGUAGAUACUGCCCUGCAAGAGUGUCGUCGCCUACGCGCCACGGCGGCGGCGCGGUCGGGGGGGGAAGGAGACGUGUAUGAGCCACAUGAGGAGGCGAUGGAGGUGGCCCUCACGUUGGAGCUCUCGGAUGGGUUGAAGGAAGAGCUGCGGGAAAAAGCUCGUCUUUGCACGAAUUAUGUGCUGCCGCUGGAGGAGCACAUCUCCUAUCAUAUUCGACGUCAAAACAGCAGUGACGAGGCUUUGCAGCGAAACCAGGAGGCUGGACGAGCUGCAAAGGAGGAUACGAUUUUCGCACCGAUGGGUGAAGUUUCCGCACCUCCGCCUGGUGCUCUUGCGGUGGUGGCAAAGCGUCCUAUUCACCUCGCACAGCCCAACAAGGUGGGUGCAACUUCGGCGAUGCCGCUUCGCUCUCCGAUGCUUGCUGAGGAGCAUGAAGACCUCCCGUCACAUCUUGUACCGUCUGUGAAGGGCAAACAUGAGUCCCCUGUUCUUCGCAGCGCUGAAAGGGAGCAGAACCAGCUUAUCAGCGCCAGGGCACUUGCGCAGUACCCUAACACUUCCUCGCACAUACCCGCCCUUCCGCCCAUUGACUAUGAGCUCUUCGAUCUUUGCCUGCGGUUAGGCGUGUCUCGGAAGGAUGUUAUUUACUACUUCUACGGGCGCAUCAUAUGGGAAUGGCAAAAGGAACUGCAGCGCCUUCGAAAACAUCCUGCUGGGGCGAGUAGCAGCGCAAUCUCGGAUGCGGAUAUACGCCGUAUGCUUUUGCUUGUUCGCGAUCCCUCGCUCCAGGUGCCGGAGGAACUCUUGGCCUGCGUGGAGACGGUUGCACGGCGGCGUAAUCUCCAGAACGAGGUCCAACCCAUCUGA